GAGAGAGAGAGAGAGAGAGGUGGGAACCACCAAUCCGUUCGGGACAAACUUGCAAGAAGCGGAGCAUAGCGAACAGGCACCGAAACACAGGGCUGCAGCUGAACGGUUAUUUCAGACCAUAGACACGUUACAGGUCAACCAUGAUAGCCACAACUCAACAGAACAUGACUACGGAACCGGACCUGGGCAGUUCUGGGGGUCCCCCACGGAACUGGAAGGGCAUCGGGAUCGCCCUGGUGGUGAUCGUGGGGGUCAUGUCAUUGGUCAUCAUGUCGGUCAUUGUCCUCACGCCCGAUGAGUCCCGGCUGUCUCUGCGUUCCCACCUCACCAUGGAUGACCUUGAGAAGGACCGGUUCAAAGUUCACGACCCCUGCGUGGCCUGGUUGAACGAACACGAAGUGGCCCUGCGCAGCAGAGAGGGAUCCGUCACGUCCUACAACCUGCAGCUCAACCAGACGGCCGCCCUGGUGGACAACAGCACCCUGGACCUCGCAACAACUAAAUUCUACGUGUCAGCUGACAAGAGCUUUGUCCUGUUGGCGUAUGACAUUCAACAGGUGUUCUCUCAGUCCUUCACUGCCUCUUAUGCUAUCUACACUGUGGCCAAUGGGGACCUCUUGGAGCUGAGCCCACCAGAGGGGGAGGCGCCAGGGCUGCAGUACGCAGGCUGGGGUCCGCAGGGGAACCAGCUGAUCUACGUGCACGGGGGAGAUAUCUACUACCAGCCCGGCGCAUCCAGCCCGGCCCUGCGCCUCACGUCCUCCGGGCAGGAGAGGCGGGUGACCAACGGCCUGUCGGACUGGACCUACGAAGAGGAGGUCCUGCUUAGCUACGCGGCUCACUGGUGGUCCGUGGACGGCGCCCGCCUCGCCUAUCUCACCGUCAACAACUCGGCCACGCCGCUGAUGGAGAUACCGCUGUUCCUAGGCAACAUCUACCCCUCCAACCGGCUCUACCCCUACCCUAAGGCUGGCUCCAGUAUCCCCUCUGUCAGCCUGUUUGUGGUGAAUCUGUACGGUCCGACUCACACGCUGGAGAUGAUGCCCCCAGACUCCUUCAGGACCAGAGACGGCUACAUUUCCAUGGUAACCUGGAUUAGCAGCACCCGCCUUGCGGUGCGUUGGCUCAACCGCUCCCAGAACCAAUCUGUGCUGUGCGUCUGCGAGGCCACCACUGGGGCCUGCUCAGAGAAACACAAAAUGGUCAUGGAUCUCAUGCAAAACCACCGACAGGAUACCCCCUUGUUCACUGCGGAUGGCUCUGUGUUUUAUAUGGUGCUGCCUGCCAAACAGGGAGCCCGUGGAGAGUUCUACCACAUCGCCAGUGUCUCAGCCCAGCCUGCCAUCCCCUCUGUGCCCCCCCGCUUCCUGACAUCAGGGAACUGGGACGUGACGUCACUGUGCGCGCUGGACGAGGAAGCUGGGAGGAUAUACUUCAUGAGCUCAGAGGGAUCUAGGCAAAGCAGACAUCUUUACAGCGUGGACCUGAACGGAGUCUUUCAGCGCCAGUGUCUCUCCUGUGAUCUGAAAGAGGAAUGCAGUUUCUUCAAAGCAGACUUCAGCCACAAUCAGACCAACUUCAUUCUCUAUUGCCUCGGCCCCGGAAUCCCUCAAGUGACGCUGCACAGCACGACGGAGCCCUCUAGGUACGAGGUGCUGGAGGACAACGGCCCUCUGGCUGAAGCCCUGGAGGACAAGCAGCUCCCAGAGACCAAGUUCAGGACGCUCUCCACAGACAGCCACGAUCUGCACCUAAAGCUGUCUGUACCUCGGGGUUACGAGUUGAACCUGCACCCGCUCCUCCUCAUCGUAGAUGGAGUUCCGGGAAGCCAGUCGGUGACGGAGGAGUUCAGCCUGGGCUGGCCCCAGGUGCUGUCCAGCUCCCACGGCGUGGCCCUGGCGUGGGUGGACGGCCGCAGCGGGCAGCGGGCCUCCUCGGUGGACCCCCACAAGCUCAGCUCCCUCAGAGUGAAGGAUUACCUGGGGGUCGUGGAAUGGUUGAUGCAACUGCCUUACAUCGACGAUCGGAGAAUGGCCCUUUACGGCAAGGCGUUUGGUGGUUAUUUAGCUCUAAAGAUGUUAGGUGCAACGGACCGGCUGUUUCAAUGUGCGGCUGCCGCGGCUCCCAUUACCGACUUCAGACUUUAUAGUUCUGCGUUCUCUGAGCGAUAUUUAGGCCUUCCAGCCAAGGAGGAGCACACAUAUUUGUCUGCAUCUCUGCUGGAGGAGGUUCAUAAACUCAAAGACGAGAAUCUCCUAAUUCUGCAUGGAACGGCAGAUGCGAGCGUCCACUUCCAGCACAGCGCGGAGCUGGUCAGCCGUCUGGUGAAGGCGGAGGCCAACUACUCCCUGCAGAUGUACCCUGACGAGGGCCACGAGCUCCGGGACCCGCGCAGCAUCCAGCACUUCCAGAGGACUCUGGUGAACUACGUCCAGGGCUGCAUGAGGCAGGGGCUCCUCCUGGCCCCUGUGGAGGAGCCAGAGGAGGAGGACGAUAAUUGAGCCAAAAGAACAAUGUUUGAGACUUUACGUGUCUAUGAGGUACUCGAUCGGUUUGGCCUACCAGCCACAGAAGCACAGGAGUGGGGACCAAACUCUUCAGUUCACCGUCUUGAACUUUCCUCCACACGGGUGUUUGUAUUGGUGUCUGUCACAGGCCUUGUGUGUCUACAUAAGCCUCCAUAGGCCAUGAGGGAUCUGUAUGUAUUUUUUUUAUUUCAUUUGACAGAAUGUUUACGAAUAAUCAAAGGCGUGCAUGUCAUGAUGGCUGCAUGAUGUGGAGUAGUUUACAAUGACAUUUUUCUUUGUUUCAAACUUCCGACUGGGUUGAGUAUGCAAGGGAAAAAAAAUUGCAGCUACAGCAAGCAAAGUGAUUGUGCCAAUGGAUCCCUUCACAGACUGUCAUUGUUGUUACAUAUUGCAUCCAUGUGAUGAAUGAAGAAUGAUAAUGCUCCUUCUAGAGUGGUUCAAUAGUUGUAAGGAACUAGGAUGUUAUUUAAUUAUCAAUACGUGGGUAAGUGUGUCAACUGCUCAGACAGUGUAGCCAGAUCAUAAAAGAAAAAAAAAACUUUCAAGGUAAAAUUAGUGGUACCAAGCAUAACAUUAUCUUAUUUUCUAACCAUAACAAUUCAUCACCUGGAUUGCAUGCUGGGGGCAAAUAACUAAAUUAGUUUGUUUUUGUGCACUUAUUGAGUUACUGUUGCCUGCUUUUCUUGCCAGAUCUGGCAAUACUGCCAUAAGUUGCCAUUGAACUUAUGAACCAAUAUUGCUUGGUUACUGAGAGCUUUUAAUAUGGGUUUGCAGCCAUCUUAACAAUGUCCGAAAUAUAACUACUUUGCUAUAAACGGUCCCAUUACAUGUGAACUAUUUUGUACAAUUUGCAAAAUGUUAUAUGAUAUUUUAUCAAGGUGCAUUCUACAAUGUCAUGGAGUAGUCAAUCAACCCACUCCACUGUUAAUACUGGUGCACUGCAUGUCGUUGUGUCUCCUGGUACACCUGGUACAUCUUUUGAAACAUACUUUGGGAAUAAAUAUGAAGAUCUUGUUUUACGUC